GCCGGCGGCACGGCCCUCUCGCCCCCCGCGCACCGACCCCCCCUCCACAAAAGCCACCAUUUGGGCUACCUUUGUUCCAGAAUGCUCCCGGGCUCCCACGGCUUUCUCCAGCGGUGCCGUUUCACAGCCCGCGCGCGGUUCAAAGCCCGCCCGGCGGCCACCACCGCCGCCUAGCCCCAUGCAGGAACCCCUCGGAGAAUCCCGGGCCCCGGACAGUCAUGUGAAAAAGCUCCUCAUGUCCUGCCUGAAAGGGCAGCAGGUCAUCAUCAAAAUGGAGGCCAUGAAGAUCAUCCACCCGGAAAAGUUCUCGGAGCUGCAGGGCAGCCAGCCGCGCUACGUCUCGGCUCCCCGCCGCGACCCGCCCCUGGUGGCCAAGCGGGCCUGGCCCUCCGAAUCGGAGAUCAUCGUCAACCAGGCCUGCGGGGACCUCCCUUCCCUGGAGGGCAACCCGGGCGCCCUCGGCUUGUCCCGCACGCCGCCCGUCCCCCGGCGCGAGCGGCUGUACCAGGGGCCGCGGAAAGGCAGCUCGGAGAUCUGCUACCACCGCCAGCCGCCCCCCUCGGACGAGGUGAUCGUCAACCAGUACGUCCUGCGCCCCUCCACCCCCUGCGAGCCCCUGGAGUGCCCCACCUGCGGGCACACGUACAACUUCACCAACAAGCGCCCCCGGAUCCUCUCCUGCCUGCACUCGGUCUGCGAGGAGUGCUUGCAGAUCCUCUACGAGUCCUGCCCGAAGUACAAGUUCAUCUCUUGCCCCACCUGCAAGCGGGAGACGGUGCUCUUCACCGACUACGGGCUGGCCGCCCUGGCGGUGAACACCAGCAUCCUGAACAGACUGCCGGCCGAGGCCCUCUCCGCCAACCCCGUGCAGUGGAGCAGCGAGGCCGACCGCAGCUGCUACCAGACCUUCCGCCAGUACUGCGGGGCGGCCUGCACGUGCCACGUCCGGAACCCGCUCUCUUCCUGCACCAUCAUGUAAGUCGCGUGUUCCCUGCCUGCCCGCCCUGCGCUCCCUCCCGGUUUCCGCCUGCAUCCUUCCACCCUCCCAGGCAGCAGGACUGCACAAGGGAAACGAGCACAUCCCCCCCCUCCGUCCGUGGAGACACACCGCCACAGAGGGACGCCCCCCCUGGGGGGGGCUCGCUCCCCCCUUUCCGGCCCAGGUAACUGCACCGACACAAGCUGGGCCAGAAGCCCCUCCGCCAUCAAGGGAGUGCGCACAUCACAGCCGCGCACGCUUGAGGGGGAGCCCUUCCCCCCCGUUGGAUGUUCUCCGGGGUGAAACGGGAUCGGGAUGCGGGGACGUGGCUCUCUGCCAGAAGCCGAGGACAACCGGCAGGAGGAUUGGUGGAGAUGGCCGAGAAAGCCACGCCGGGCCACUGCUGCGCCCUCCGGGUCGUCACCCACCUGGACAAUCAUGGACGACCCCCAGUUUCCUCCCCAAAAGACAGCUUCCCUUCCGUUCACUCCGAAGGGUCAUAGAAGGGCCUCUCGGGUCAUCCUGGCCACCCUAAAACGGGGAGGGGGGCUGCUGGGGCCAAGAGGUGCCAGGAGCCGUCGGAAAAGGGGGCCAGUUGCGGAGAGUCCCCGAAAGAGCGACGCCUGGCCGGGUGUCCAGUCGGAGGCCUCCUCGGCUUCCGAUUUAUUUGCCAACGCUUCCGUUCCUGUGGCCAAGGGCUCGGGUGCUGCCAGGCGGGAGCUGCCAAGCGGACGCCAGCCACCGACGGAGGGUUGCCCGUCCUUGGCUCCUUGAAGGAACCAUCGGAAAAACAAAAACGGAUUUUGGGGUUUUCUUUCUUUCUUUCUAACUCCUCGUUUCGGAGGAUCUGUGUUCCAGAAAUGCAUUUUGUGGGGCCCGUGCCAGCCAAUAAAAGGGAUCGAGGUU